CGGGUAUAUACUCCAGCAGCCGCCACUUGGUUACCUUGACUUCCUUCUACUAUUUGAGAAAGCAAAGCAACACAUCCGAAAUGGCGCCCCCAAAGGUCUUACUCACCGGAGCUACAGGAUACAUUGGUGGAGAUGUGUUUUACGCCGUGACCCAGGCACAUCCUGACUGGCAAAUUUCGGUCCUGGUCCGUAAUAAGGAAAAAGGAGCUCAGAUUGCGAGUAAAUACCCGAAAGUGAGAGUUGUAUACGGAGAUUUGGACUCAGCCGGCAUCAUUGAGGAGGAAGUGAAGAAUGCGGAUAUUGUUUACCACUGCGCCGACUGUGACCAUGUCGCGUCUGCUGCUGCGAUUGCCAAGGGUGCUGCCCACCACACGCCAGGGAAUCCUCUGUGGAUCAUUCACACCUCUGGGACUGGUAUCUUGACUGUAGAGGACUUUCGUACAAACACCUGGGGCUUGGAACGAGUCAAGCAGUAUGAUGACUGGGAUGGCGUCGAUGAGCUUAUGAAUCUCCCCGACGACUCGCUGCAUCGCAAUGUGGACAAGAUCAUCAUCGGAGCCGGACAACGGCCACCAAACUGCGUGAAGACGGCAGUCGUGUGUCCGCCUACAAUCUACGGUCCUGGCCGAGGACCCGGAAACCAGAAAAGCCUGCAAGCGUACUGGCUGGCAGCUGCUGUUUUGAAGAGAAAAAAGGGGAUUUUAAUCGGUCCAGGUAAAAACAUCUGGCACCAGGUUCAUGUUCAGGACUUGACCGACCUCUACCUUCGCUUGGGAGACGCAGCUGUAGCUGGUGGCGGUAAGGCCACUUGGAACGAGAAAGGCUAUUAUCUAGCAGAGAACGGGCCUUUCGUCUGGGGGGAUAUCCAGCGGGCAGUGGCUCAAACGGCAUACGAGAAGAAGUUGAUUCCCUCUCCUGUCGUGGAGGAGUUGAGCGAUGCGCAGGUGUUGGAGAUCAACCAGUUUGGGUUGUAUGCUUGGGGGAGUAGCUCAAGGGGCUUCUCUUACCGGGGCAAGAACCUCUUGGGAUGGAGUCCGAAUAAACCGAGCUUGAUAGAGUUGAUUCCGUCUAUCGUUGAUCUUGAGGCGAAGGAUUUGGGACUGGCAUGAUG